AAACAAAAGAAACAUGCAUCUCUCCCUAAUAAAGGGAUAAGAGACUUUGAAUCACAAAAAUAUCAUUGACAAAGGUUGAUGGAAGGCUUUGAAGAUUUUAAGGCAAGUCAUGUUAGAUACUGAGCUUCGUCCAAGGGGUCUCUUUGAUCCAACUAAAAGCUUCUUUGAUUGCCAAGGCCUCUGCUUCCUUUGGUUAUUGAAGGAGUCCAAUUACCGCACUCGUGCGCCUCCACCUACGCGGGUCUCCUUUGUCUACGCCUUCACUCCAUUACCCGCGAUUCCUUCGCCGAUUAGCAGCGGCGAUCAUCAUCACCACAUCUCUCUAAGCAAUGGAUAAAUCAGGAGCAUCACAGAUGGGUCCAAAUUUGAAGAUAUUGCUAUGUGUUGAUGGG